AUGGAACUACAUAAAUCACCCAAAGACACCAAUGCGCAUUUUACAAACACAAAUCAAGAUGAAGACCCUUCAACGGUCGACAACAAACGACUUCGAAUAACAAGAGCCUGUGACUUUUGUAGACGUAAGAAAGUAAAAUGUUAUUCUUCUCCUGGAGGUCAAUGCUCAAACUGUCUUACUUAUGGCGUCUCUUGCGAAUUUAAUGACGGCUCCAAAAAGAGAGGUCCACCAAAAGGGUACAUUGACGCGCUUGAGAAACGACUACGAAAGAUUGAAAGUGCCUUGGGAAAAUCUGCCGGUUAUCCUCCGAUACCUUCUUCUCAGGCAACAUUGCCUCUAUUAGCCGACCCUAGUAAAAUUUACUCUAGUCCUUCACCCAUCGCGACUCCGUACCAACAAUACGUCCUACCACCACCUCAACCACAACAACAACCACAACUUCAUAAUCAAAAUCAGAAUCAUUCAGUACACUCCAACUCCCCAAGAUCACCUAGUGUGCUUUUUAGCCCAGCAAACCCAAAAAGACCUCAAGGCAUGUCGUCUGAUAGAGUCCAGUAUCUCGGAGAACUUUCGAGCCUUCAAUUCUUUUCGAAUAAGAUGCAAUUGGAGGGACUGUGCCAUGACAUCUGGAGUGGACAAAAGAUUCGAAAAUUCGGCAAACAAGUUGUACUAGUCAAAGACACCGGAGGAAUCACAGACAUUCAGGACACUGACAUCAUACCGGAUUCGUUUCGACAACCGAGCGACGUUCACUAUUGGAUCUAUUCAGUUACUGGUGCAGACCAACACACAUGCGACAGGCUAUUGAAAAUGUAA